UGUUGUGUUAGCUUAGCUAGCUCGCUAGCUAAGAGUUCAGUCUGAUAUAGUUCAGCUCGACUGAAGUAUCAUAUUCUGCGCAGCAUUAGGGAUGCGCGAGUCCAGAAGAAAGACUGUGUAUUAACGUGACGUGUUCUUUGUGUAGGUUUGAAGACAAGGCAGCCAGCGUUUACCAAAGCUAGCCAGCGUUAGCUGACAGCAGCUUUCAACGCAGCUUUCACCAUUUCCGCACACGCAGUUAUGCGCAGAGUCUAGCGGAAUAUCCUGUUUGUGCGUCAAGUAAUACGGUUUUUGGUGCGCUGUUUUUGAAACGACAAGAUGCCAAUCCGAGCAUAUUGCACAAUUUGCUCCGAUUUCUUCGAUCACUACAGAGAUGUCGCUGCCAUCCACUGCGGACACACUUUCCACUAUGAAUGUCUUCUCCAGUGGUUCCAGACGGCCCCGACAAAAACCUGCCCACAAUGUAGAAAGCAGGUCAGCACCAAACACAUUAUCAACAAGCUGUACUUUGACAUUGGUGGAGAAGAGGAGGGGGCCACCAAGGACCCUGAAAUCUUGCAGAAUGAACUUGAUCGAAUGAAGGCGCUCUUAAGCUCCAAAGAGCGAGAGUGGCGGGACAAGCAGACGACGGUGGACAAAUUGAAAGACGUUGUGGACAAGCAGAAGAGAGACCUGGACGGUGUGCGGAAGGACAUCAUGGAAAAGGAGAUGCUCUGUUCUACCCUCCGAAAACAGAUGACGUACCUUGAGACGCAACAGAAUGAGACCCAGGCGGCCAAGGAGGAAGCCCGGAGACUGAGGACCAGGAUGAAGACCUUUGAGAGCCUGGAUGUGUUGUUGCAGGGCCAGAGAGCAGAGGUGGAGUCCAUGAUCAUGGAUAUGGGUGUCAGCCAGGCGGCAGUGGAGCAGCUCUCCAUCUACUGCAUCUCGCUCAAAAAAGAGUACGAUAAUCUUAAAGGAAGCCUGAAGUCUAUAAAUGACCUGAGUGAGAAGCUGAAGAGAGAAGUGCUCACCUCAAACAACAAGCUACACAAAGCCACCGUGGAGGUGAAUCGGACCAGAGAGGACGUGGCGUCGCUGCAGAAGGAUUUGGUCGGCGCCGACAAGGAGAUCUCCAGUCUUAAGAAGAAAGUGGAGUUUCUCCAGACUACGCUGAGCACCCCGACGCGGGCCAACGAAGCCCUCAGCCGGCUCGUCUUCGAAAGCCCCGCCCCUUUGGAGCUGAAGCAGCCCUGCCUCCACCAGCCCGCAGACAGCCAGGGCAUUGACCUCAACAUGACCUACGACGUCGCUACGCCAGAUUUGGCCAAGAAGCCGAAGCCGUGCCAAGCCAAGAAGAUGCGGCGCGAUCCUCCAGCGUCGUCUGUGUCCAAACACUGCGAGAGAAGUUCCUCUUUAAGCAAGGCUCGAGAAGAGGACGGACCCCUGGAUCCUUUCAUGAGGAACUCCAUCCUCUUCAGGAAGAAGGCUUUCGGGAGCAUGUUGGACCCUCAGAGGAAGAUUGGAGUUGUGAAAACUGGUUAUGAUGGUUUAGGAGGACGUACCAAAUUCAUCCAACCUUCUCCCUUGUCAGAGAUUCGCCCGUUGAUGAAAGCCAAAAGGAAAAAUGUCAGCAGGCCCCAACCCAAGAUUGCGACUCUCCUGACGAUGGACAGCUUCCUCCAAUAAACGGACGACCUCAUCCUGGAGUCUGAGGUCAGGAUGCUGUGGGAUGUGCCGUGUUUCGUGCCGCUCUGGCACACAGAACCAGCCGGGCAGCGGUUCUGCUACUCGGCACCAAACUGGGAUUCCCAAUCGAAAAACUUUAAAACCAGUGACUGACCUCCCCGCAUGACAACGGAUCCUCAACUUUUUGGCGACGACAUCAAACCUGCUGUAGAUAUUGUUUUGUGUGUGUGCACUUGAAUGUGGAGACUGCGUCGGAGCCUUUUGUUGUUUUCCCGGUGUGUUUGUGUGUGAGACGAUUUGUUUACUGAGAAAAAAAACUAUUUUUCGCACUUAUUUAAAAUGCACUCAACACGUG